GUGAAGGUCACACAUCGUCAAAGCGUAAACACUUUUACAGGGCCGAUUUGUAGACUACCGACAACAACCUGAAGAGUUUCUUUCCGACUAGCCCUUGCGGUGUUUUGGUAUUGCAUAUUUUCUGUAAGUUUUCGAGUCACGCAUUAUGGCACAAACAUCUACAGUUCUCAUCGCAGUAGAUCCAAGUGAAAAUUCUGAUUAUUGUGUACAUUGGUAUUUAGAAAGAAUACACAAGCAAGGCAAUAAAGUUAUAUUUAUCCAUGUUCCUGAAUACUGGGGUGAUAUGGCUCGAAUGAUGAGUCCUCACAGAUUAGAAGAACUGUGGAAAGAAUCACAAUAUAAAGCAAAACAAUUACAAGAAACAUAUACAAAACUUGCGACUACUUCUGGUCUGACUUCUGUGGAAUUUCUUAUUGAAGAGGGUAAUGAGCCAUGGGAUAUUAUUGUAAAAGCUGCAAAAACUAAUAAAGCAGAUUUGAUUGUUAUGGGUUCCAGGGGCAUGGGAACCAUACGACGUACCUUGGUAGGAAGUGUUAGUGAUAGUGUCCUUCAUCAUUCACAUAUCCCUGUUAUGAUUGUUCAUAAACCUAAACACUAAAUUGAGUUGUGAUGUUAUUCUUAGGUUAAGGCAGAUCCACCAUAUAUACUCGUAUAUAUACACUUUUAUUGAUCUAUAAUGGAUUUAGUAUAUUGCAUAUUUACACAUGUUACAUCACACUUUGAAUUAUCAUAAUAUAGUUCAUUUAUUGACCAAUUAUCUUCAUUAUUGUGCACCAAAUAUUUAUAUUAUUUUAAACCUUUUAUUAGCAUAACUUUAAGUGUUUAAUAUAUGUUUAAAUUUUAAUAAAUGUUUUAAUUUUAAUAAAAAUUAGUAAGGAA